CGGAGCUGGAGCGGCUGACGCUGCGCAACGCGCUGCGCUACCUGCGCCACACGUCGCGCGUGGCGGCGCAUGCCGAGCGCGCCGAGGCGCGCUUCGUGCCCGUCGACUGGCGCUGGGUCACCGGGCGCACCUACGUCACCGACCUGCGCAAGCCGUCGGCCAAGGGGUCGACCGCCGUGCAGCUGGCCGCCAUGAGGGACGCCGACGGAGUCGCUAACGAACACCCAAUUGAAAACUUCAGUGCAGACCAGGAAGCCGCCAACAUGAAGGCUUACGAGUUUGCUAUCGAAAACGCCAUCCGCAUACAGAGGGUACCUGAACAUCGACAUGAUCCGGCAACUGAUUGCCGUGCCCCCGUGGGUCAACUGGCUGGUGUUCGUGUACGGCCAGCGUUUCGUGCGCAUCGAGCAGUACAACCUGCUGGACUUGUUGCUGGUCGUGGCGUGCUCCGGGCUGUACGGACUCCAGGUGGCGCUGAGGGUGGUCGACCAGCGCCUCAGCGACGGCACCGUGGGCAUGGCGCUGGCGACGCUCUUUCUGUGCGCCAUGCUCAUGCGCCUCGUGCACCUGACGCAGUACGGCGAGGACCUGGUGGAGUGGGUGAUCAGCCUGAUCCACCAGUACAUGGACUCGAUCAUCUACGCGGCCUACGAGACCGGGCUGGCGCUCAUCAAGGGUGAGGAGGACGUGCGCGAGAACAUCUGGAAGACGGUCGACGAGUUCAUGGCCGACCAGAUUCGCGGCCACGCGGGCGAGAACCGCCUCGAGGUCCUUCGACAGGUGGUGGAAGUGCACAGCAAGUACCCGGGCGUGGCGGUGGCCUUCAAGAGCCGCCAGGCCUGUCAAAGCAUCCUGAACGACGUGCGGCGACACAUCAACGACCUCCUCCACAACGGCGCCAUGGACACCGCCGAGCACCGCAAGAUGAUCACGGCCGCCGAGGAAGCGAUGCAACAGGUGAUGUCCGCGCCGUACAGCUUUCCCAGCAGCUACAAGCCCAUCUCCGUGCUACGCGCCGUGCCAUGGAUGGGCACCGACCAGCUCAGGCAGUUCCUAGCGAUGACCAUCAGGCCUGUGUCCUACGAUCCCGGUGUGGUGAUCAUACACGAGAACGAGGACACUUCCAUCGUCGUAGCGACCUCCGGUAUUGUGAAGGUGUCUGGCGAGGUGACGGAGAACGUGGACGGCGCGCUGCCCAACACGGCCUCGUUCCUGUACUUCUACAGUGAUGGAUACUUCGAAGAUUACAUCCUGGCGCCCGACAUCAUCGGCACGCUGAGCAUCGUCUCGGACGAGCCCUGCGUCACCACGGUCACCGCCGAGACCGCCGUCAAUGCAUACCUGAUCCCCAAGGAACGGCUGCUGGAGGCGCUGGAAGUGUUCACCGCGUGGCCCAGCUUCCGCUACCAGCUGUGGUACUUCAUCUGCUCCACGCUGAGCACGCCUCUGCUGCAGUCACAGCCGCAGUACCAGACGUGGCCCACGGAGAAAGUCAACAACCGUCUGGAGCGGAUGCAGAUGCCGGACCUGAUGAACGCCAAGCAGUUCCAGGUGAGCCCAGACAUCGAGGACCUGCUGCUCAUCCAAGGUCGCAUCAUGGACGCCACCACGGAGGAGGAGUACCUGGCACCCAUGUACAUCCCGCGCACAGUCACCAAGAUCAUCUUCCCGGGUGAGGUGUACAGCCGCCCGUGUCCCGUGAUGGUGAUCAUCGCCAACGAGCAGUACACGCUGCCCGAGGAAGUGGACUGGGUGUUGCGCGAGCAGCGACGCGGCGACGACAAUAACGAGCAGCGCGCCGCCGCCGCUCCCUCCGCCGGCUUCUCGAACUUCGACGAGAUGACCUAUGUGUCCAGGGUCACCGGUGCGAAGAAAACUGCCGAGACUGAGUGAAACAUUCGUGGAGCCCGAAGAUAUGUAUGUGCGCCUACAGUGAAGUGCGGUGUGUAGUUAUUUGAUAUAUGGCGUGCUAAAGCUGUCUCCCUAAUUAGUUCACUCGUACCAGUUAGCACACACAUCUGUAUAAAGAAAUAUUACGUAAGCAUGACUUGCAUUGGUGUACGACGAGUCCCAGCUGCAAUGUUAUCACUUCUUAAUAAAGAUACCCUUUUCUCCGA